AUCUCCCCUCCUCACUCUCUUCUUCAUCCAAGCACGAAUUUAUCGCCAACUCUCUCCGCCUCCCUGUGCGGGUCGCCAACGGAUGAGUCGGUCGGUUGCGGAUCGGCUCUGUUGCUCGUCGCCCUUUCUCCAAAAAAACUCACCGUGCAAGUCGAAGAGGACAAAUGCUUGUUUUUCGCCCCAAAGCAGCCGCCGUUCGUCUCCGUGUCUUGGGAAGUUAUUUGCAGUGCGUGGAUAGAAGCUGCUCAAGUGGUCGUCGUUGCUUCAGCAAAACAGGGGAUAGGCUUCAAGACAAGGAUUUAAUGCUCUCUGAGUUGGCUCUUCUCUGACCUGGGCAGCAAAGUAAUAAGGAACCCCGCACGCGUUCACAUCGAGGCUUCACAGAAAUGAGCUGCCAAUGAGUCAACUUCUAGGGUUGGAGGUCGACUAGAGGGUUGGGCCUCCUCGCCAUUAUGAAAGGGCUGGGGACCAGCCAUACCAGACACCUGUCUGACUCCUGUGACCCUUCCGCUGGCCACUUAGAGGCUCUCUACCCUCAGAAGACCAGCACCAUGCCGCGAAGUCCUUACCUGCUCAGCCCAACAAUGGACCAAUAUGGCACUAUGGACCCCCAUCUUUACCCAUCAGCCAACCCAGGGUCCCUUCCGCCAGAAUGCCUGCUCCCCCUCAACAACCAGCUGUCAAACAGCAGCACCUUCCCCAGGAUUCACUACAACUCCUACGAUCCGUCGGACUUCUCCCCACCUGUAGAGGGCAUAGGCGGAAUGAGAACUGGGACGUUGGGAGCGUCCGUGUCGAUGGGCAUGGGAUCGGGUAUGGGCAUGGCUGAGCUUACUGGACGAACGUCCAUGAUUACGAGCGGCUCGGCUACAAUAUCGCAUCACAUGACCAAGAACCAGGCACCGCACAGCCUUCUGGAGUUUGAUAAGCAGUUAGCUGGCGGUCGGGAUGGCUUCAGCACCUUGCAGUUCCACAGAACAUCUGCAGUAACCGCAGGUAAACAGCGUACGGACAGUCCUGGUCGCAUCCGUUACAUGCUGCACUCGGUGCAGAAGCUCUUUGCAAAGUCCCAGUCACUGGAAAGCCACCACAUGAAAGGAAACGUCAACGGACGCUCAACGGGUAGCGGCGGAGGUUCGUCGGGCACUGACGACGGUGGGAAGCAUAACCGCAGAGCCAAAAGUAAAGAUCGCGGAACUAAAUCGGAAGCGACCGCCAAGCGCCGGCCGCGUUCCAACAUGUCAGGGUACUGGAGUUCCGAUGAUCUGGACAGCAAUGACAUAAGCAGCUUCCACAACACUAUGGCCAUGAUGACCCUAGGACGACCCGCUGGCCAGGAGAGCCACGGGGGCCAGAAUAAAUACAUUCAUAGCGGCUAUAACACCAUCAGCUCAUCUAAAAGCAGCAAUGACAUGAAGUAUCAGACACUAGCCGCACCGAUGAGUGGAGGAGGAAAUGGACUUGAAGGACCAGGGAAUGUGCUUAUGAAUGAUAACAUGAAAGGAGGAUCUUGGUCCGCACUGACUAUGGGCCAACCAAAGCAAGUGCUCCAGAAGGGCUCAGCCACUCUUGAUAGGUCCUUGCUCAAGUCCAGAUCAUGCCAACCAGAACUGACUUGCAACUACCUGCAGGUCGGCCGAAGGGGGGAUUGGAGCAGCUCAUUAGGCCGCAGCGGGGGCGCCAAUGAAAUUCCAUGCCGGCGCAUGCGCAGCGGAAGCUACGUGAAGGCCAUGGCAGACAUGGAGGACAGCGAAGACUCGGAGGGGAGCCCCAAACCCUCGCCAAAGACUGCCGCUCGCCGCCAGAGCUACCUCAGGGCCACGCAGCAUUCUCUGAGUGACCAGCUACCCCCACGCAACUGUCUUCCAUCUCUCAGAGAGCUCGCCAAUAACCGCAGCCUGGACAACCUUGACUGCAUUGGGGGCACAGGCUCGCCUGUGCCACACUGGGAUGAUGAUGACUUCGGCCAUGCCUGCAGCACAUUGGGCAGACGUAGCUGUAUGGGGCAGAUCCGGGACCUGGACAUGAGUCAUCAUUACGAGGACCGUAGCUCUGACUCCACAUUCCGAGAUUCCCGUUCCCAUUCUCAGGACAACCCAGAUCCUCCAGACUUGCCCAUGCCCACUUGCUUCCGCUCCCGCAGCCACAGCUACCUGAGAGCCAUCCAGGCGGGCUGCUCUCAAGAUGAUGACGUGGCUUCCCUAGACUCAGGCUCGCUCCCGCCAACUGACACCACUGUUCGCACCUACGGCACCAGCACUGGUGAGUCACUGACUGGAAAAACAUAGACUGUACAUGUGUUGACAGGGAAUACAUGUAUUCUAAUAACCUUAUCAAAAAAAAAAAAGAAGAAAGAGGAGACAAACUUUAUUUUAACUCAUGACACAGUUUGAGAUACCCAUUAGUGAGUGGGGCACU